AUGACGAUACUGUUUGGAAACCUGAUGGAUAAGGCCAAUAACACUGCAGUGGAAGAGUUUAUUUUAUUGGCCUUUUCGGAUUUAUAUCAGCUCCAGAUUCCCUUAUUCUUUGUCAUUUUGUUUGUCUACAUCAUGUGUGUUUUUGGGAACUUUCUCAUCGUCCUUCUAGUUAUUGCUGAACCUUCACUUCAUACCCCAAUGUACCUUUUUAUUAGCGAAUUAAGUGUGUUGGAAAUAUUGUAUGUGUCUUGCAUUAUCCCUAAUCUUCUGGCUAACCUCAUUGCAGAUAAGAAGAGCAUAUCCUUCAGUGGAUGUUUGAUACAGUUGUUUGGUCAUUCUGCCUUGGGUUCUACAGAAUGUUACCUUCUUGCAGUCAUGGCUUUUGACCGAGAUCUGGCUAUUAACAAGCCCCUGCAUUAUUCUGCUAUUAUGAACAAGGAGUUUUGUGUGAUGUUUGCAGUUCUACCAUGGAUUGUUGGAGUUAUCCAUGUAGUAAUUUCAACAGUCUUUACAGCUAAAUUGGAAUUCUGUGGUCCUAAUGAGAUCAACCAUUUCAUGUGUGAUUUCCCUCUUGUACAGUCCUUGGCGUGUUCCCAUCCCUUUAUCACUGAAGUGGUCACAAGCUUUGGGGGCUUUUUUGGAGCUGUCCUCCCAUUUGUAGCAACUGUUGGACUCUAUAUCCAUAUAAUUAUUGUAAUUUUGAAGAUUAACAGUGCUGAAUCUAAACAGAAAGCCUUCUCCACCCUUUCGUCCCAUCUCACUGUAGCAGGCUUGUAUUAUAUCACUGUUAUAAUUGUUUAUACUGUGCCAAAGGGAGCCCAUUAUAACAAGUUUAUUGCUCUUAUAUAUACUGUCAUUGUCCCACUAAUGAAUCCCUUUAUUUAUGCCUUCAGAAACAAAGAUAUAAAGAAAACGCUCAUAAAAUCAAGAAGGCUAAAGCUUUGCCAGGGAUAA